GUAAGGAUGGAUUUCCAUUUUCAUAACAAAGUUCGUAAACAAUUGUAAUCCGCAAAAAUGCCUGCAAUUGAUUCUUGGUACGUCAAGAUAUUUUGUAGUUUUGGUUUUAAAAUGUCAAGAUUGUAGCAGCAAGAUUAUGAUGAUGCUAAUCAAAUUGGACAAGAUAUUAUGGAACUCAUAAAUGAAAGGAAUUCACUUCAACGAACUGGCUCAAAAAAUUCUGCCCAAAUUCAAUGUACAAUACGCAAGAAAAUAACAGAUUUCUCAAACAUUAUCAAAUCAAUGAAAGUGCAGUUAUUAAAAUCUGCUGGUGGAAAUGUUGUUACUUCAAAAGAGUUAGAGAGACGUCAGAACCAAAUCGAUACUCUGAUAUCUAGAGAAAAGCAGAUUGCAGAAUUAUUCAAUAAACCGUUAAACAGUUCAAGACAUGGCGUUUUAAAUAAUGGUUAUGAUAAUGGUAAUUCAGAUCUAUGGUCACAGACUCAUCCUUCUCGCACCUAUGCAGAUGAAGAACUGACAACUGAUCACUUUUAUCAGCAGCAAAAUAAAAUUAUAGAAGAGCAAGACAAAGGUUUAGAGGUCCUUUCUAAAAUCAUCGAAAGACAAAAGUUAAUGGGGAAGAGUAUUGGAGAUGAACUAGAUUACCAUAAUGAGCUAAUUGAUGAUAUUCAAGACCAAGUAGAUAGUACCAACCAAAAAUUAAUUCGAACAGAAGUUCAUGUUAAAAAAGUGACAAGGAAGACUGGAAGCUGUGUUUUGAUAGUUGUGGUAAUUCUGUUACUGAUUUGUAUCGUAACUUUGGCAGUUGUACCUAUAAAAUGACUGAUGAAUGCUGAUGUCACCGUGGUAGCUGUUGUGACGUUUUGCAGCAUGCGCAGUGUCCAAGAUAUAAGUUACAUAAAUGUACUGUAUGAUAUAUGUUUUUCAAAUAUAAAUUUGAUGUAAAUGAU